UUCUUUUGCUCCUGACUUUCGAAGGGAUCGGUUGUGCUUGUACGGUGUUUCAUUUUAUUCGAAAGUUUCUAAUUGCAAAUAUUUUAAAACUUAUUUAUUUUUUAUAAAUUCACUCGCGUCGUACAAGACUUGACAACAGACAUCAAAAUGUCUUACAAUCAACAAAAUGGUAGCAGCUACCAACCACGUUCAAAUGGUUACUCCAAUUUUAAACCUAAUAACGGUGGAGGCUUUAGAAAUGGAAGUGCUGGUGGUGGCGGCGGCGGUGGUGGCUACAAUCAAUCGAGACCAUCUUAUGGGCAAAAUAAUUAUCAAAACCGUAAUGGCGGCGACGGAGGGUACCAAAACAAUAAUUUCAGAAAUAAUAACCAAAGUUAUGCUGAUACAACCACUUUAAGACAAGUAGAAUGGGGUAACAAAACUCUUAGCGAGUUUAAGCGAUACUGUUAUGUACCCCAUCCAGUUGUAGCCAGCCGUUCAACUUUCGAGGUCGAGCAAUUUCGCAAAUCAAAAGAGAUUUCUGUAGAAGGUGACUCCCCGAAUCCUAUUCAAAACUUUGACGAAGCCAAUUUCCCUGACUACAUUUUGAGUGAAAUUUGCACUAAAGGUUAUGAAGUGCCAACACCAAUUCAAUCUCAAGGCUGGCCAAUAGCUAUGAGUGGACAUGAUAUGGUUGGAAUAGCACAAACUGGGUCAGGGAAAACUCUUGCUUAUACCCUACCUGCCACAAUUCACAUUAACAAUCAACCUCCUCUUAACAAGGGUGAAGGGCCAAUUGUUCUCAUCUUGGCUCCGACUAGGGAGCUUGCACAGCAAAUUCAAGAAGUUGCCAAUGAUUUUGGCAGAUCCACAAAUAUUCGUAACACUUGCAUUUUCGGAGGAGCUCCCAAAGGGCCCCAGGCUCGUGAUUUACAAAGAGGAAUCGAAAUUUGCAUUGCUACUCCUGGUCGCUUGAUUGAUUUCUUGGAAAAGGGAGCUACGAAUCUCGAACGAUGCACCUAUUUGGUUCUCGAUGAGGCUGAUAGAAUGCUCGAUAUGGGAUUUGAGCCCCAAAUUCGUAAGAUUCUUGGCCAAGUUAGACCUGACCGACAAACUCUUAUGUGGUCUGCUACAUGGCCCAAAGAAGUGAAAAAAUUGGCUGCAGACUUCAUGAAAAAUCCUAUUCAUCUUAACGUUGGAUCCAAAAACUUGUCUGCAAACAACAAUAUCGUUCAGAUCAUUGAUAUCUGCCAGGAACAUGAAAAGGAAAAUAAGUUGAGCACGCUCCUCUCAGAAAUCAACACAAGUGCAGAACCUGGCUCAAAGAUAAUAAUUUUUGUUGAGACCAAAAAGAAGGUCGAAGGUAUCACUAGAACGAUACGUAGAGUGGGAUGGCCAGCACUCUCUAUGCAUGGUGACAAGAGCCAGCAAGAGCGCGACUAUGUGUUAAGGGAAUUCAGGACUGGAAAAUCAUCGAUACUAGUUGCUACCGACGUAGCAGCUAGAGGGUUAGAUGUCGAUGGGAUUAAAUACGUUGUAAAUUACGAUUAUCCCCAUUCCUCCGAGGAUUACGUUCACAGAAUUGGUAGAACUGGUCGGUCAGAUUCUAUUGGUACUUCUUAUGCAUUUUUCACACCCUCCAACUUUAAGCAAGCCAAAGAUUUGGUCUCAGUUCUGAAUGAAACUAACCAGUUUGUGAAUCCCAAAUUAAGUGAAAUCGCCAACAAAACGAACAAUUUUGGCAAGGGUGGCUCACGGUGGGGUAAUACAGGGUACAAUAAGGGUGGUGCUGGUGGUGGCUUCAAGAAAUUUGGGGCGCCGACCAAUGGAUAUUCGAGGGGAGGAUUCAACAAGACCGGAUAUUAAUUCUACUUCCGCAGCACAGGUGGUAUUUAAAAAUGCUUAGAUCCUAAGAAUCUUACAGUAUUUUAGUGCACUACUGUUUUGCACUAUUUUCCAUUUUUUUUAUAAGUUGUGAUAGAAAUAAUUUAAAGCAUGGUUACAGUUUGGGAUGCUAUUGAUUAUUAAUUUGAGACUCCUUCAUUUUUGAUUAUAGCAUCCCAAGAUGUAAAAUGAUUUGUGUGCAGUAGUUUGGAGUAUGUUUCUCAGUACCUUUUUUAUUGCACACAAAUGUAAAUUUUUGUGUCUGUAACUCUGUGAUAGCAAAAGUUGUAACUUAUUUCUUUAGGUUUAAAUAAUUUAUAUUUCUGUAUGUGCAGAUCAAAACUCAAUAAAGAUUUAAAAAUCAU